UUGUCAUUUUCUGACACCACAAUUCCAGCAGGAGAUAGAAACCAAGCAGCUGCCAAUUUCACACACUUCUUUACAUUCAUUAAAGAAGGAAUUAACACGAAAGUUUGUGAUGUUUCAGAACUCCUCAAAUUGUUGCGUGCGAUAAUGAAAGAAAACUUUUACAUUGGAAUGAAUUCAUGCAUUGCCAUGGGAUAUGAUGAAGAUCCGACAGUAAGAACAGCAUUCUUAGAUGGUCUUACUAAUUUCUUCUCUGCUGAUGUUUACCAGAAAAUUGUCGCUUUCAACCAAAAAGAAACUCUCAUUGAUUUGUUGAUGGGAGGUGAUUUUGACUUAGUAAAACUUCUCGCAUCAAAAGUUCCAACACAUCAGAGUGAAGAAUUCGGUCGUCAACUGACUGCUGCAGCUGCUUAUAAAGGACGUGAAUUUGAAUUCUUCCAAGCAAUGGUUGAACUCGAAUUAACAAAUUCAACAAUUGUUUAUGCAACAGAAGAAGAAUUAAACAGAACAACUUUGUUUAGAGGAAAUGGAACACCAUCAAAAGUUUUCUCCGCUUAUAUCCAAAUGGUUGCUAAUGAAUGGUUGCUUGGCUUGAUGACACCAAUCAUUAGAAAAGUCACUCUUUUGGCUGAAUCCGGUGUUAGUUUUCAUAUUGACCAAACAAGAUUAGAUCCACAUGAAAACAUCAAUGAAAACAGAGAACAAUUCAGACAAGUUUUCAGUGAUUUCGUCAACCAGUUUGAAAACAACAUAGAGACAAUGCCUAGAGGAUUGAUCAAAGCAGCACAAAUCCUUUAUAACUCUAUUGUUAAUCAGUCCCAAUUUGUUGCUGUUCAAGCCAUUGCUUCUUUCAUUUUCUUGAGAUUCAUUUGUCCGACAUUGAUUGAACCAACACGUGCUGGUUACACAGAAGCAAUUCCUGAACAGACAAGAACAUGUUUAGUUCAUUUAAGCUCUUUGUUAAUGGUUGCUGCUGUUAGAAACAGAGUUGACGCAAAACGUCCUCAUUAUGCUUAUUUCGCAAAUACUGUUCAAGCCGCUUAUAAGAAACUUCGAAGUUGUUAUGAUAGAAUUGUUUCAUUAAGAAUCACUGAAGUUCCUCAUGUUUUGGCAAUUGAUCCAACAGCUGUUAUUAUUUCACUCCAAAAACUAAUAGCACCAUUGAUUCCUAUUGUUGAUCAGAUCUUGCAAGAACUAAAAGAAGAUAAUCCAUUGAGAGAAUCAAUUUUAGUUUUCAUGUCGAAAUUAAGAGAAACAGAACAAAUGUCUGAAUCAUUGCAGAGCCAAAUCAACAACAAUGAUGUACAUAAUGGACAAGACUUCAAUCCAGUGUUAAACAAGAUUUUGGAGAAGACAUUUUACAAGACAGAUUUCAUAUCAAUCAAAGGUGAUGAAGUGUUUUAUUUGGACAUGUCUACAUUUGUGGUCCAAAUCCCUCUCAACCAAAUAAUCAAUCAUAUUUUGAAGACUCUUAAAGGAUACGAGAACUCCAGAUACACAAUUGUUUGUGAUAUUGGUAAUGUUGAUUUAAACAUAUUACCAUCUCCCAAAGAAUUGAUCAAAGCUGCAUCACAGAUUCCUGAUUACAUUGUUAAAAACAUUUCACAUAUUUAUGUUGUUCGAAUUCCUCCUAAUUUCGCAAAGUAUUUCUCAGAAACUGUAUUAAUGAAUGCUUUGCCACCAUUAGAAAUGAUUGAAACAAUUGAUGCUUUCAAGAAUGAAGUAUCACAACAUACUUUGAUUUUAGGAUAUGCUGCUUAUGAAGGAUUAUUACCACAUGAUGCAAUUUAUUCUUGUGAAUACAAUGGUGAGAAAUCAACAGUUUUAUUGACACAACAAGCCAUUGUUGUUACUUCUAAAUCUAAAUACAUCAAAGGUAAUACUCGUGUUGUUAUUCCUUAUCGGAAUUUCAAGAACAUCAAAGUUAGUGAUCAUCCAAACAACAACAAAUUCUUUAUUUUGGAUAAAGAUGAUUGCGUUCAUAACUUCAGUGUUGCAACAAAUUCAAGUUUGUUUGAUGACAUCCAAGAAUGUUUGAAACGUUCUAAAUUAAUAACAACAACUCGUAAUUUGAUUUACGUUGAAAGACCAACAUUAAGAAUGUUGUUAUUGAAUGUUGCUUUGAUCAAUUUAGUUUCGGACAUGGCUGAUUUCAAUGUUAGACGUUCUGCUUUGGAAUUGAUUGAGAAAACAAUUAAUUCCACGGAAAUCAAGUCUACAAUUGAUUUCAGUAAAUACGCUAACAGUAAUUACGUUGGAAGUGUUUAUGAAAUUGCUGAAGAGAUUUCUGAUGACAUUUCUAGGAAUAAUUCACAAGAUGUACAUACAUUUUUCACUGAAUUUGCAAAGACAAUAACAUACUUGAAUCACAAUGAUUUCUGUAUUUCAUCAACAUAUUUAGUUCCAUGGAUGAAGAAUUGUGGAGAAGCAGCAAUAGAAAACAAGAGAACAUUAGAUUCAUUGGCACAAAUAACUGCAUCAAUUCCACAAGCAGAUACAUGCCAAUUCACACAGAUGUUUUGGGGAUCAAUAACAGAAGAAAAACUCUUCAAGACAUUGUUACAAAUGACAAGUGAAUUUGGCAAUUCAUCAUCCAUCUCUUUGUUUAUUACUAUCUCUAAUAAUUCAAAGAGAUUGACAUCAGCAAUCACUAAAAUCAUGGAAGAAGAGAAUGGAAUGACAAUUUUCUUCCAAGCAGCAAGAACAUUGAUUUCUUUGAUCAUUGCUGGAACAUUUGAUGAAGAAUGCUAUCCAGAUCUUCUUCACAUUAUUCAUACAGCAAUCUAUAAUAAGAGAACAGAGAUGACAACUAAUUUACUUGAAACAAUUUACCAGAAAUAUGUUGGAAAACCAGAUUUCAAAGCAUCAGAUUUCAAUGAUGAUUUAGCGAAGAAAGAGUUCAAACAAUGGACAACACGUGCUUCCAAAUUAUCCCAUGUCAUCUAUGAUAUUGCUGAUAAUGCUAAACUUGACAAACAAAAGCUUAUAAGUUUGUUUAAUAGCGAUAUUUCUACAGAAAGUAAUGAUAACAUGCAAUUUUUAUCUUCUUUGUUGUUGUUGUGUUUGUUGGACAAUAACUCAGAAGUUUACAAGAGAAAGGCAAUUUCUUUGGUUCAAACAGGAAAACCACAACAAAUAAUGAUUGGUUUCGAAGCUCUUUCAUACUUGAAUUUAACUGAUAAAGAGUCAAUCGCAUUCAUUAUUGGUGGUUUGUUAAACAUCUGUUCAUCACAAAGCGAAUUUUCCAUAAAUAUGGUCAUAGAAACUACGAACAAAUUCAUUCGUAAUUUCGGAAUUUCCAAACUGAAAACAGAUGAAUAUUUAACAAAUGAGAUCAUACAGCGUAUUUCCGCUGAAUCUAACUUACCUUUCACACAAGGAUUAGUUCAUACAAUGAUUGGUAUUGACUUUGUUUUCGACAGUGAAAACAAAUUGAUUCAUUUAUUGGAAACACAAGGUUUUGAAAACGAUUUGUUGAAAUGUUUCACAACUACUAACAGCCAAGAAAUGGUUGAUUGCUUCAAGAGAACACAAGAAUGUGCAUUCAUCUUAUUAUGGAGAUUCUGCCAGCGUCCAGAUGAUAAAUCUACCAUCCAAGGUUUGUCAGAAAUCAUCAGAAUGAACCAGGAUAUUUUCUCUAACCUUAACUUGCAAAUUGUUUAUGAUGCAUGCGAAAGAGCAAGUAGUCCUGAUGUUCUCAAACUUCUUAUCGAGUUAGCGAGAUCACAGAAGUCUAAGAAACCAGGAAAGAAGGCUGGCAAUUUAUUCACUCUUUUCUUGGAGAAAUCAUCCGUUCAAACUUUGAAUGAUGAUGCAGUUAGUCAUAUGAUCUCAACCAUUUAUAAGUCUAUUAGUUAA